CUAUUCAUAUAUUCACCUUUAGCUUUACACACUAGAUUCUCCUCUCUCUCUAGCAAACAACGAUGAACUACGGCAGGCUCGGAUUAACAGACCCUGAUGGCUCGUCAAGACGAAGCAUUUCAAACGAACCCCAUUCACACACAAGAAAAUGCAAACUCAAAUUUCUUUUGAUCGUGGCGGCGAUUCUUAUUGUAGCUUCCGCCAUUUCUGCUGCAAUGCUAGUGGUGCUACGAAAGAAUGCAGGCUUGGCGGAGACUCGGCUUAGGCGGCCCUCCCAAGCCAUAUCGCGAAUCUGUGGCCAAACUAGGUCCCGAUCUCUCUGUGUCAACUCGCUCCUCGACUUCCCCGGAGCCAGCACCGCCUCCGACAAGGAUCUCGUCCACAUUACAGUGAAUAUGACUCUGCAACACUUCGGCCGGGCACUCUACGUCGCCUCUGAAAUCAGUAAUGUGGACAUGGACUUACAUGUGAGGUCGGCCUACGAGGACUGUAUGGAGCUCCUUGAUGACUCCGUGGAUCUUCUAUCUCGUUCACUCGCCUCCGUCAGUAGCUCCGUCGGGUCGACUCAGGACAUCAUGACGUGGGUCAGUGCCGCCUUGACCAACCAUGAUACUUGUAGUGAUGGGUUCGAACAAUUAAAUGGCUACGUAAAAAACCAAAUGUUGGACAGAUUAAAGAAUUUAUCGGAACUUGUAAGUAGUUGUCUGGCGAUUUUCGCCGCCGUCGGCAGAAACAAGGAUUUUUCUGGUGUACCGAUACAGAAUAAGCGGAGGCGAUUAUUGAAUUCCGACAAUGAAGAACAUGGGAAAUUUCCGAAAUGUUUAUCUGGGAGAGAUCGAAGGCUACUCUUUAUGCCUGCGUCGGCCAUCCAGGCUGAUAUAAUCGUGUCUAAAGAUGGCAAUGGUACGUUCAAGACGAUAGCCGAGGCGAUCAAGAAGGCGCCGGAGUACAGUAAUCGCCGAUUCAUAAUCUACGUGAAGGCAGGAAAGUACGAGGAAAAAGAUUUGAAGGUGGGAAGGAAGAAGACGAAUAUAAUGUUUAUGGGCGACGGAAAGGGCAAAACAGUCAUUUCCGGUGGAAGAAGUGUCCAAGAUAACAUAACAACAUUCCACACCGCUUCAUUUGCGGCAACUGGUGCUGGAUUCAUUGUGAAAGACAUUACAUUUGAAAACUAUGCUGGGCCGCACAAGCAUCAAGCGGUGGCGCUACGUGUGGGGGCCGACCACGCGGUGGUCUAUAGAUGCAAUGUUAUUGGAUAUCAAGACACGCUAUAUGUGCAUUCACAGACACAAUUUUAUCGUGAGUGCGACAUAUAUGGAACGGUGGACUUCAUAUUUGGCAAUGCUGCAGUCGUGUUCCAAAACUGCACCAUUCAUGCCCGAAAGCCUCUUCCUCUUCAAAAGAACACCAUCACCGCACAAAACCGCAAGGACCCUAACCAAAACACUGGCAUUUCUAUCCAUGCUUGCAGAAUCGUAGCAGAGCCCGACCUCAAGAACGAAAAGGGAGCAUAUCCCACAUACUUAGGUCGCCCAUGGAAAUUGUACUCGCGGACUGUCUACAUGCUGUCCAACUUGGGUGAUCAUAUUCACCCAAGGGGAUGGCUCGAGUGGAAUGCAACUUUUGCACUUGACACAUUGUACUAUGGAGAGUAUCAAAACUACGGUCCUGGCGCCGCAGUCGCGCAACGUGUGAAAUGGCCGGGUUAUAGUGUAAUCACUUCCCCGGUCGUGGCCAGUCAAUUCACAGUGGGGCAGUUUAUUUAUGGAUCAGCCUGGUUGCCUAGUACUGGGGUGGCUUUCUUGGCAGGACUGUCUACUUAAGUGACAUAAAGAAUGAUAUAGGAUUUAUAAUUUCUUCUCAUGGUAUAUAAAAAUAUAAUUAUAUUUAUAGUC